AUGUCAAUGCAAGAUUUCUCCGAUAAUUUAUCGACUCUUUCAUACAUAGCACCUAGUAGAUGUCCAACUUGGAUUUAUGACAAAAAGGACAAAUCAAUAUUUGGUCGAACAUGCGCCUCAUGGGCCCAAAUAUUGAUCUACUUCUGUCUUUUCUAUGCAAUCCUAUUUGGAUUUUUCAUGGCAAUGAUGACCGUUUUUCUCCAAUUAAUUGUACCCUCUCAGUAUCCCUUACGUACUGGCCAGCAGAGUCUUCUUAAAUUCCAACCAGGUCUUGGUGUUCGUCCCAUUAUUGACGAAGAAAAAACGCUCAUUUUCUAUUCCAAAAAGGAUCCGCAAGUGUACUACGAAUAUGUUGAUAAUAUUAAUGCUCUACUCGCCUACUAUGAGGAAGUUAACCAAAAACCUGGAACUGGGUUCGCAAAUUGCACACAAGAUGGAAAGAAUCCAAAUGAUCCUAAGAAGGUUUGCCGUUUCGAUCUUACCUCACUUGGGCCUUGCAAUAAAGAAAAUAAUUACGGAUACCCGAACGACAAGCCUUGUGUCAUUCUUAAGCUCAAUCGAAUAUACGGAUGGAUGCCAGAUGUUAUUGAUCCAGAAUUCCCACAUACCUUUGUUUCGUGUCAUGGACAGAAUCCUGAGGAUACUGUUAAUAUGGGACCAGUUAAAUUCUAUCCAAGCAAGGAGAUGAAUAAUACAGAAUAUGGCGUAUUCCACAAUCAAUUCUUUCCAUUCCUUGGUCAAAACGGCUACACUUCGCCGCUGGUGGCGAUGCAAUUUGAGAAUGUGACGAGGCAUGUCAUGAUUCUAAUCCAAUGCACUCUUCACGGUGCCAGAAAUAUUGACACCGACCCGGUCAAUUUCGAGAUCCUGCUUGACUAA